CUAUUAUACACAUAAGUCGGACAGGAUGGCCAACUCAGCACUGGAGAUAGUGGGUCUGCUAUUGACCCUGAUUGGGCUCAUUGGGGCAGCAGCAAGCACUGGGAUGCCGAUGUGGCGAGUGACAGCCUUCAUCGGGGAGAACAUCAUUGUGUUUGAAACCCGCUACGAGGGUCUGUGGAUGAAUUGUUUUCGGCAGGCUGACAUCAGAAUGCAGUGUAAGGUAUACGACUCCCUCCUGGCCCUGUCCCCUGAUCUGCAGGCAGCACGUGGGCUCAUGUGCUGUGCUCUGGCACUGGGUGGUCUAGGUCUGCUGAUCAGUUUGGUGGGACUGCAGUGCACAUCCUGCAUCGAAAACAACGAUCGAGCUAAGCGUCUGGUCCUCAUCAUUGCAGGGAGCAUGAUCAUAAUGGCUUGCAUCGCUGUCCUUAUCCCGGUGUCCUGGACGGGUCAUGUCAUCAUCAGGGACUUCUACAACCCCUUGCUGAUUGACGCCCAGCGAAGGGAGCUCGGAGAGGCUCUGUACAUCGGCUGGGUGGCCUCCGCAUUUUUGUUCGCUGGAGGAUGCAUGUUUAUUUGUUGCAACCUGCAGUCCGACGACAAAGGUUCAGAGAGGUAUGUGUACUCAAGACCGUCCGACUACAUGACCUAUCCUCCACAGCAACUACAGCCUCAACAGCUGGUGCUACUUCCCCAACCACAACCCCAGCUUCAGCCAGUGCUGUCAAGACACCCAUCAACCGUCUAUAGCUACCCGUCUAGACACCCUUCUGUACGCAGCGGAGUGGCUUAUCUCUGAACACCAACACUCACUGAGGUAAUGAUGACCUUAGAUAUGGUUACUAUACCCAAGGGGAUUUCUUUUUAAAUAUGGCUUUGCUUGGCAGAGCAAUCUAUGAGACAUUUCAGAUAACAAAAGACACAUUUCAGGUAAAAACAGUAUAUUUCAAUACAUACAUGUACUGUGAAUGCAAAUGGUUUGGGAUCUAUAGAGAUGACUAUUUCAAAUCACUUUUUAAACAUUAUUUCAGUAGUACUUAAGGUCAUGUUGAAGAGAAUUAGUUACAGAAUCUUGACAUUAGCCCAUAACAUAAUUAUUUCCCUGACGUGGUAAGCCAAUGUAUAACUUCCAUUACCUUUAUGUGUGUUGCAUAAUGAAAUUUUAUAUCAACAGCCUUAUUUUUUGUAUAUUAGGUGACUAAUUUUGUAUUUUUAUGCUGUAUAUAGCAAUUAAUGGAACCUUUAACUGCUGAGCAAUGUUACAGACAGAUAUGUGUAUUUAUGUUUACUGUUAUUUGCUAUUUUCUUGUUGUCAGCAAAUGUCAGCAAAUGUAUAUCCCCCACACCAUCAACAAAGCAUGCAUACAUACAAAAUGUUUGAAAAUUACACAUCUGCACACAAAUAACACCACCAAUGAACCUUUUAUAAACAGUCCUUUUUUUGCUCAGUUUUAACCAGUAUUUGCCACAGGAUCAGGUGGUAACAGGUACUGAAUAACCCUUAGGACCAGGGUGCAAAAUUAAUUUAUUUGCCCACUGUCCAAAUGGCUGGUGAAUUAUCUAAUUUUACCAGCCUAUCAAUAGAUUACCAUUGUAAAUUUUAACUGGUGAGUGAAGGAAAUAUACCAACCUCUUCCAUAUUUUACCAGCAUUUGGUCAAUGGAUGAUGCUAAUUUUGUAACCUGCUUAGGACAGUAAAUGCUUUAUUGAUGACCAAUUGUGUGAGAAUAACACAAAUCAUUUUAACUAAACAAUUUAACUAAAACUAAAAAACAAACUCAAGUCUCGGUUUAAGUUUGGUAUGACGUCCUGGAACUGAUGGAACUGAAGAAAUGGCUGAGUAAACAUGAGAUGCAAAUUUAAGACUGCUUGUUAAAGGCGUGGACAGCUUUGUGUUUGUGAAGAAGCCAAACAGAGACGACCUGGCAGCACGCUCAUGUGAUCAGAAUUUGCAUGUCACUUUGAAUGAAGAGACUGAGAGCUUUAGACCAAAAGUUGUCGAGAUCAAUUUAAAGUAUAUCCCAGCUCUAUGUGUUCGAAUUUUAAGAACAUUUCAGUUUCUGUUCAGUGAAACAUUUUAGCUCCUGAAGUAUUAGGUCUGCUCAUUUCUUCUUCAGUGAGUUUUAAAAGCAAGUACACUUUCAAUUCCUAAUAAACUGGAUGUUAUGAACAGGAAGAGUACAUUUCAUUGAUGAUUCAUGCUGAAAAUAUUUGGUGAUGUAAUGACAAGGUUAUCUUUCUUAUUGUUGCUAAAGGUUAUAUUUCAGUGAACAACCUGUUUGUCUAUGUAUUUUCCACAGCACUGAAGUUAAAUAAAGACGAAAUAUUUUUACUUUUAAUUUACAAAUCUACAUUUGUGUUAGGAAACAAUCAAUGACUGAGUUUGGACUGCAUAAUAUGAGCUCCCUCUCUGUUUUGCCACCCUGAAAGUCAUCUCUGCUCCCCUGUGGACAACAGAAGUACUGCAGGAGCUUAUGUGCUACAUUGUAUAUUUGUUUGCUUGUGAAUUUUCAUCACAUUAAAAAGAU